CUUGCCCUUUUCCUCUUCUCUCUUCUUCUUCUUCUUCUUCUUCUUCCUAGAUCUUCCCUUCCAUUUCCAGCUCUCACUUCGCUUCUCCACUCCAUCCACCGACGCUCCCUUUUCUUAACCGCCCCUCAUUUUCCUUUUAUUUACACGCCAUACCCCUCCCGCAUUUUUCAUUCCAAUAAUACACACUGCGACAGACUUUGCUAUUUCUCUUACAUCCUUACCCCAGAAAAAGAAAAAAAGAAAAAAAGGGAAAAGUUCUUAAAUUUAUUUAUUUUCUAUCUCGGACGAGUCAGUCAAGAUGCUGGAGCGCUGUCUCGGGACUCACCGAGUCGUUCGAAUUCAAAGAGCGAUUCGUCACGGUAAAGUCACCCUCUUUUGUCUGUUCAUGACCGUCAUCGUCCUACGUGGCACAAUUGGAGCCGGAAAAUUCGGUACUCCAGAACAAGACUUCAAUGAUCUCCGCGAACGGUUUUACGCUUCGCGUAAACACGCCGAGCCGCACCGCGUUCUCGUCGAAGCUCAACUCUCCACCGAGUCCACUCAAAACAACAACAACAACGACAACACUGAUCCAAAGAAUUAUGCUACAUUUGAUAUCAACACGAUCUUAGUUGAUGAAGGACAAGACGAGAAGCCGGAUCCAAAUAAACCGUAUAGUCUGGGGCCCAGGAUAUCUGAUUGGGAUGAACAAAGAGCUGAAUGGUUAAAAAAAAACCCUAAUUUCCCCAACUUUAUCGGGCCAAAUAAACCUAGAGUUUUAUUAGUGACCGGAUCCUCACCAAAACCGUGUGAGAAUCCAGUUGGAGAUCAUUACUUGUUGAAAUCGAUUAAGAAUAAAAUCGAUUAUUGUAGACUACAUGGGAUCGAGAUAUUUUACAAUAUGGCACUGCUUGACGCGGAAAUGGCUGGGUUUUGGGCUAAACUACCGUUGAUUAGAAAGCUACUAUUAUCGCAUCCGGAGAUUGAAUUUUUAUGGUGGAUGGAUAGUGAUGCUAUGUUCACUGACAUGGCAUUUGAAGUGCCUUGGGAAAGGUAUAAAGAUUCGAACUUUGUUAUGCAUGGAUGGAAUGAAAUGAUUUAUGAUCAAAAGAAUUGGAUUGGGUUAAAUACUGGGAGCUUUUUAUUGAGGAAUUGUCAAUGGGCAUUGGAUAUUUUGGAUGCUUGGGCUCCAAUGGGACCUAAAGGAAAGAUUAGAGAAGAAGCUGGGAAAGUACUUACUAGAGAGCUUAAAGAUAGGCCUGUUUUCGAAGCUGAUGAUCAGUCUGCAAUGGUUUAUUUAUUGGCUACACAGAGAGAUAAAUGGGGUGAUAAGGUUUAUCUUGAGAGUGCUUAUUAUUUGCAUGGUUAUUGGGGGAUUUUAGUUGACAGGUAUGAAGAAAUGAUUGAAAAUUAUCAUCCUGGUCUGGGUGAUCAUCGGUGGCCGCUUGUUACUCACUUUGUGGGGUGUAAGCCUUGUGGAAAGUUUGGUGAUUAUCCAGUCGAAAGGUGUUUGAAGCAGAUGGAUCGUGCUUUUAAUUUUGGGGAUAAUCAAAUUUUGCAGAUGUAUGGGUUUACUCAUAAAUCACUUGCUAGUCGGAGAGUUAAAAGAGUAAGGAACGAGUCUAGUAUUCCGCUUGAAGUGAAGGAUGAGCUUGGAUUGCUUCACCCUGCGUUUAAAGCUGUCAAGUUGCCAAUUUCUUCUUGAGAGCUUGAGGUACCAACAAACGUCAUCUUGAGAGCUGCUUCAAUACUGUAAUGCACUAGUUACUGUUGUUGCUUACUUUUAUUUAAAGUUGCAGCACAUGUCAAAUUGCAUGUAAUUGUUAUUAAUUGCUUGUUGUAGCAAUGGAUAAUGUAUUCUCUUUUUUACUUUUCCUUAAUUUUUGUAUUAUUAGUUUUUAAAUUAUAUUGAUUCUUGAAAGAUAAGAGAAGUCUUGCAUUA